CCAGGUAGACCGGAGCUCCGGCACCGACACGCUGGGCGUAGUUACCCUUCCUGAGCAGCCUGUGGACACGGCCGACGGGGAACUGCAGCCCGGCCCUGGAGGAGCGGGUCUUCGCCUUGGCUCGGGCCUUUCCACCGGUUUUGCCUCUUCCGCUCAUGUUCGCUUGUUUGUUUUUUCUGGGUCAGAGAAAAUGUGAGUCUGUCCCUCGGAAGCGUCUGCUUUUAUAUCCGCGGAAAGGGCGGGAAUUUUCGUCUGGACCAAUCAGAGAGGAGGCCUUUUGGCGCAGAUUUUGAACGGACUCUGGUCCAAUGAGCGGCGGUGGGUCGCCCCUGACGAGGCGGUGCUGAGCUUCUCAACCAAUCGGGAGACGAGAGUAUGAAGCCGCGUGACCGCCGCCACAGUCGGUCAAACGCUUUAAAAGCAGCGCGUCGCCUCUCGUCUUCACUCAAUCUUUGGUCUUCAGACAACAGGAGAGACGCGAUGGCCAGAACCAAACAGACCGCCCGGAAGUCCACCGGAGGAAAAGCUCCCAGGAAGCAGCUCGCCACCAAGGCUGCCCGCAAGAGCGCGCCGGCCACCGGCGGCGUGAAGAAGCCUCACCGCUACAGGCCCGGUACCGUGGCGCUGCGGGAGAUCCGCCGCUACCAGAAGUCCACCGAGCUGCUGAUCCGCAAGCUGCCCUUCCAGCGCCUGGUGCGAGAGAUCGCCCAGGACUUCAAGACCGACCUGCGCUUCCAGAGCUCCGCCGUCAUGGCUCUGCAGGAGGCCAGCGAGGCUUACCUGGUCGGCCUGUUCGAGGACACCAACCUGUGCGCCAUCCACGCCAAGAGGGUCACCAUCAUGCCCAAAGACAUCCAGCUGGCCCGCCGCAUCCGCGGGGAGAGAGCGUAGAGUCUCCCGGCCCCCGACACCACACAACGGCUCUUUUAAGAGCCACUCACUGGUUCACUGGAGACACAGUCCCGCUGCUGCUUGUGUUCAUGUUUCAUUUAGUCAAUUAUUAAUCUAAUUUAUAUCUUUUAUAUCAACGAGUGACGUCUCAUAAACUCUGGGUCUUCGCCUUAGACUUCAAUUUGGUUCUGUCAAUUUCAUGAUUUACAUUUUGUGUUGAAUAAUUAGGACUUAAAUUAUUUCAUAAGACUCCAGUCUUAUGAAAUAUAGUUGAAGUAAUAGUUUCCCCUGAUAGAGACAGUUGCUUUUCACCAUGGAUGUGAAACUUCCACAAAACAAUGAUCAGAAAUCUGAGCUCAAGAUUAGUUUGUUACAAAAAUUGUACUUAUUGUAGAUAUUUAACAUUUCUGCUGACGUCUUAGUUUGAAUUGUUUUGGUCUUGUUUCUAUUUUGUGUGGACAACUACUCUGCCUUUGUUUCAUUGAAUAUAAGUAGCAGAACAAUGUUAAAAGUUAGAAGUCACUGGUACAUUUGCUGCAAAAUCUAAAACGUACAGAAA